AACAAAACAAUCUUUGCCAAUAUGGACGAAGGGAAAGAUGAAGAAAAUAACAACGAAGUGCAAAGCAGUUCUUGGUGGGGCACUUUGCCGUCUUGGUUUCAAGUUGCGAAAGAAAAGUCUUCUAAUGCUUUGGAAUUUAUGAAGAGAGAUCUUACUGAGUUCAGUCAUGUUGUUCAAACUGAUGCAGUUGCUGCAGUUUCAUCAACAGCUGCAAUAAUAAAAGAAAAACUUACGGUUGAAUCUGCAGAAUCCGUUGCAGGCAAGGCUCGGCAGUCCAUUUCGUCUGUUUUAGAAACUAUUACUGAUGUUUUUGCUCCUCAGAAAGAAAUUGAAGACACAGAGCUUAUAAUGAUAAAAAACUCUGAGCCAGUACCUUUGGAUUGGUGGCAGUCCCAGUUGUAUAUGAUACGCAAAGAUCCUAAAACAUUUAGUCAUGAGCCCGAAGGACCUCCUGAAAUGUAUGAAAAUUGGUUAGAGUCUUUCGAUGCUUCUGAACAUCAAGAUGAAAUGGCUGAAGUUAUUAUGACUUGCUCAGAAGUUCGAGCAUUGUAUGACAAAUUGGUUCCUACUUCAGUAUCACACUUAGAAUUCUGGCAGAGGUAUUUUUAUAGGGUUCAUCUUUUACGGAAAGCUCAAGCAAAAAGAGCUGAUCUGAUGAGAAGAGCCGAACAAAUAUCCAUUCAAAAUGUUGAAUGGGAUCAAGAUGACAGUUUUGACCGUGAAGAAUCAAACCAUUUGUCUAAAAAAGAGAACGAAAAUUCUACCAGUCAGAAGAUUUUAGGAGUUUCCAAUACAGCUGUACACAAAGUGGAGCCUACAAUUGAAACUCCAGCAUCAAAUCUAGUAAAAAUUCCAGAUAAUCAGCCUAGUGUAAUAAAGACUGUAGUAAUUACAGACCAAGGCUCGAUUCCAGUGACGCCUUCAAAGGAAGCAAAAGUUAUGAGCAGCGAAAAACCAUUAGAUCCUAAUGAAAGUGCUGAUGUUCUUUCUGAUCCUUCUUCUGUGGAUAGCACAGAUGAAAGUAGAUCGUCCCCUGUUGAUUCUCUAGGGAAAGAUAGCACAGGAGAUGACUGGGAGAAAGAUUUUGAUUUAGAAGUUAAUGAAAUUAUGAAAAAUCAAGAAUCAAGCCAACCUACUGACUCACAGAAAGAGGAUGAAGACGACUGGGAAAAGUGGCAGUAAAAUUUUAUAUAUUACUUAUUAAUAUGGACAUUUACAUAGAUAUUAUUAAUUGGAAAGCAGUUCUACAGAUUUUGUUGAGGUUGUAAUAUUUUUUCUGUAUCAAUAUAUUUGUGUUGAAGGAAGAAAAAACAAGCUUUUUUGCUAUUCUUGCUCAUAUGCCCUUAUUGCUUAUGAUUAAAUUAAAGCAAAACCUGUUUGGACUUUUCUCUUUAUGAGCUUUAGUCAUUAAAAUCAGUAAAACUAAGCAAGCCUUUUAAUAGUUUAAAAAAAAAAAAAUCAUGUUAAAAACUUUUGGAUACACAGUGCUCACAAAAAUUAAUAAGUAACUGCUAAAAUUUGAUGUUUUUCAUUUCAUUUUUCUAACUUAAAAACUUGGUUUUUAAGUAUUCUUAGUUUUUUUUAAAAAAUUUUUUUUCUUUUAUAUAUGUUUUUUAAACUGAAAAUACAUAAGAUCUAUAUGUAUACAUUACAUAUGCAUAUAUACAAUUUUAAGGACCAAUUGCGUGUGUUCACAUAUUAGUUAAAGUAUUUCUGUUAAUUUCAAUCACAAAACGAUAGUCUUCAUUUGAUAUUCUGUUCAUCAGUGCUACACAUACACACACAUGUAUGCUUUCAAACAUACACACUGAUUACACUUAAAACUGAACAAAAAAAGCUUCUUAAUUCGAAAUGUUGCUCAAAAAGUCUUAAACAAGAAACUUAUAAUCUUUCAGGGUUUUUUUUUUUUCCGUCUGAUAAUUAAAUCAACUCAAUUGAUUUCAGAUUGAUUUCAUGAGCUGUUUUUUGAGAUACGUAACUAUGGAAUACAUUUUAAAUAUGAUCAAAGUAAAUUGUUAAGACAAAUAUACAAAGUCUGUCUUGACUUAAAUUCUGGUCAUAAUUUUUAUUGACACCAAAAUUCAGUAAUUGAUUUAAAUAAAUAUAAAAACAUAAAACACACAGUUUGUUAAAACUGAAAAAGUUUUGCAAUCCUAUGUAAUGCAGUUCAAACUGCAAUACCGUCUGUAUUCUUUAAACUCAUUUAAAGUUGAAAGGUUUUUUUCCCUCUGUAACCAACCCUGCCUUUAAAAAAGAAAAAUUAUAAUAAGAAUGAAAAAGAUGGAUUUAUUUGACCACUGAAAUGUUAACUCUGCCAGUGCUCAUGCAUUGCAUAUGCAAACUGCUCCAACAAACCACUGAUCUUCAUUAAAUUUUUCUCAGCCAUGAUCAGUUAAUUUUUUCUGCUUAAAAAAUAUUUUAUUUCAAGUAAUCAUAGUUCUCAGUGGAAAUUCAGUGACUGCUUCUGAUGGAUCAUGUUUCAUUAUGGCUUAGCAAUAGCGCCAUCAUCUUCAUGCAUGUUUUUACUUGUUCAAGGUGAAAUGUUAUUACAAGUAAAACUAUCAUAUUGAUUUUUUGGUCAAUCAGAUGAACUGAAAGAUAAUCAGUCAAAAUUGCUUUGUGUUGUCAUAUAAAUUUAUAUGAAAAUCUUUUUUUCCACCAUGAUGUCAUUUAAGUUUGCAAUAUCAAUAUUUGCCUAAGACUCCCAGAUGGUAUACAAACUAAUUAACUAACAGUUACAAGAUUUUGAGCCCUUUAUCUGAAACUUGCCAUUAGAGCAAAUAGACAAAUGAUACAAUCAACAAAUCAUUGAAGAAAAAAGAGGAGAAAUCAGAGCUAAACUGGAAUUUUGCUUUAGGUCUGUAUUUCUAAUAUUGGGGGGGGGGGGGGGGGUGAGAGAACAGGAAUGCAAUAAUGUAGACUUUUGUGUUAUUCAGAAUUGCUACAGUAUGCCCCAUUUUCAAUACAGCCUAUCAUUUCCAAUACAGUACUAUAUCUUGUGUUCAUUGUAUUUCAUUUCAUAAUGAAUAAAAUGCGUAUUUUUCAAAUAAUUCACAUAUUUUUAAAAAAUUCUUAGUUAUUUUCCAAAUUUCCCCAUAUCCAAAUCAGACCGGUCUCCAAUUAAUUUGGAUGAUUGCUCUUCUGCCUUCUUUUUUUGUUUCAUCUUCAGUUUUUCCCCACCUUAAAAGCCUUCAUUUGAAUUGUAAGAGAAAAAAAAAAUGAGAACUUCAAAAAGGCCCCACAACUUGUAUUUGAACCAGAUUUAAUUACUAAUCUUAUGUCUCAAAAGUUAGUCACAUGUGUUUUGUGAGAUUGUAAUGAAUAUUCCGAGCUUUUGAAAUUACCCUCAAAAAUCCUUUUUCUUCUUCACUUUCAAAAUAUUUCAAUAUUUCUGAGAACUAUUACUAAGUGCUUGAAUUUGACAAGUAUGUGAUUUUUGUUGCGAGGCUAAUUUGUUAAGUAUUGGUUUAAUUAAAUGAACAAAGGUACUGUAAGUGAAUGAAGAGAAGAGAAUCGGAUAAACUUGUAAACACAUGUAAAAGGACAACUGUCACAGAAAAAAAAAUCCCCCUCAUUUACUUUUUGAAUCACUAAAACAAUGCAAUUUGGAUGCAGCUUGUCCUGAUUUGAUUUAUACUUGGAGUUAAUGUCAUAAAAUACGUGCAUGAUGCUCAUUCAAAUACUUAUUUUUUCAUAUGAAUUUAUGAAUUUGUUAUCACUUAUAUGAGUUAUGUGUUUUUUGUUUUCUAGAGAUAAAUGUAGGGGCUUUUUGUGUAUAAUGUAAAUAUCUUUGUGUAAAAGGAAAAAAGAUUUUAUUGAAAAUGUUUAUAAUUUCUGAGAUAAUCGAAUUGUUGUAAUUCUUUAUGCAGAAUAAAGGUUUUAUAAGAAA